GAAGUUAACCAACGUUACGCAAUUUAGCCUUUAAAACACAAAAGACAAAGCUUUUUCCUAUUUCAUUGUAUUGUGCUUCAAAUCUUCGAUCCUUGAAAAACCAUGGACACCGUAACUUCCAAACUCUUGUUUCUCUUUUCAACUCUUUGUCUUCUUCAUGCCAACGCCACCGACGUUAACUAUUGCGAUAAGAAAGCAAACUAUGCUGUUGAGGUUAAAGGAGUUCAAAUAUCUCCUAAUCCCAUUGCAAGAGGCCAUCCUGCUACAUUCACCAUUGCUGCAGCUACAAGUCAAAAGCUACCAGGAGGGAAACUAGUGAUUGAUGUGUCGUAUUUUGGAUGGCACGUAUAUAGCGAGACCGAUGACCUUUGUGGAGAAUCAUCUUGCCCUAUUUCAGUUGGUGAUUUUGUGCUUUCUCAUUCACAAGUUUUACCUGGAAUCGCCCCACCUGGUUCAUACUCGUUGAAGAUGAAGCUAUACGACGGAAACAAGAACGAGUUGACUUGCUUUACAUUUGGUUUCAGUAUUGGGUUUGGUUCUUCUGUGGCUGAUAUGUAAUUGUAAUUAGUCAUUGAUAUCGAUGUUCAGAUGCAUAUAAGUUAGUUUUACAAACUGUAAACUACCCUUAUAAUACCGAGUUCCUUGUAUUAUAUAAUCCAGCACGACCGGCAUGUGGAUUAAGAAUAAUAAAACAUGUGAUGUAAUUGCUGAGAUUACAUAAUACAAGCUACAAGCUUCUUUCUUUA